GGGGAAUCCUCCGUCGCUCCCACGUGGUCCGGGCGCCUGUGAAUCGCGCCCGCCGGAGGGUCUCACAGCGAAAUACAAAAGCAGCUGGGAAGCGGCAGCGAGGCGAGUUCUCAGUGCCGGGCAGAGCCCCGCAGCGCCCCGCGGCAGCGAUGGAGCUGAGGCGCCCGGAGCCCCGGAGCCGACGAGCUGCCGAGCCCGCGUCGCCGCCGGGACCCGGGCUCCUGGGCUCGGCUUGAAGCGGCGGCGGCACCGGCGCGGCCGGGGGAGCAUGGGCAGGAGGAUGCGGGGCGCCUCCGCCACCGCGGGGCUCUGGCUGCUGGCGCUGGGCUCGCUGCUGGCGCUGUGGGGCGGGCUCCUGCCGCCGCGGACCGAGCUGCCCGCCUCCCGGCCGCCGGAAGACCGACUCCCGCGGCGCCCGGCCCGGAGCGGCGGCCGGGAGCCCGCGCCUCGCUUCCCUCUGCCCCCGCCCCUAGCGCGGGACGCCCGCGGCGGCUCCCUGAAAACUUUCCGAGCGCUGCUCACCUUGGCGGCGGGCGCAGAUGGCCCGCCUGGGCAGCCCCCGGGUGAGCGCAGGCGACACGUGCCAACCGGACGGCCCUGGCCUGAGGAACGCGCCGCGGUGCACGGGGGCGUCUUCUGGAGCCGCGGCCUGGAGGAGCAGGUGCCCCGGGGCUUCUCGGAGGCCCAGGCGGCGUCUUGGCUGGAGGCGGCGCGCGGCGCCCGGGUGGUGGCCCUGGAGCGCGGGGGCUGCGGGCGCAGCUCCAACCGGCUGGCCCGCUUCGCCGACGGCACCCGCGCCUGCGUGCGCUAUGGCAUCAACCCCGAGCAGAUACAGGGCGAGGCCCUGUCCUACUACCUGGCGCGCUUGCUGGGCCUCCAGCGCCACGUGCCGCCGCUGGCACUGGCCCGGGUGGAGGCUCGGGGCGCGCAGUGGGCUCAGGUGCAGGAGGAGCUUCGUGCCGCUCACUGGACCGAGGGCAGCGUGGUGAGCCUGACUCGCUGGCUGCCCAACCUCACGGACGUGGUGGUGCCCGCGCCCUGGCGCUCUGAGGACGGCCAUCUGCGGCCCCUGCGCGCCACCGGGGGUGAGCUGGCCAACCGCAGCCGGGCGGAGCUGGUAGACCUGGUGCAAUGGACCGACUUGAUCCUCUUCGACUACCUGACGGCCAACUUUGACCGGCUUGUCAGCAACCUCUUCAGCCUGCAGUGGGACCCGCGGGUCAUGCAGCGCGCCACGAGCAACCUGCACCGCGGCCCCGGCGGGGCGCUGGUCUUUCUGGACAAUGAGGCGGGCUUGGUGCACGGCUACCGGGUGGCGGGCAUGUGGGACAAGUAUAACGAGCCGCUGCUGCAGUCAGUGUGCGUGUUCCGCGAGCGGACUGCGCGGCGCGUCCUGGAGCUGCACCGCGGCCAGGACGCGGCCGCCCGGCUGCUGCGCCUCUACCAGCACCACGAGCCUCGCUUCCCGGAGCUGGCCGCCCUCGCCGACCCCCACGCUCAGCUGCUGCAGCGCCGCCUCGACUUCCUCGCCAAGCACAUUUUGCACUGUAAGGCUAAGUACGGCCGCCGACCGGGGACUUAG